UAAUGUACGACCCCAAAUUAUAUCGUGAAACAACAAAUCUUUUUGUGAAAUCCCACAUCAAAAAGAUCAUAAAUUGUUAUAGUAAUUUACUAAAUUGGAAUCAAAAUGAAAAUAUUUUAGAAAUUGGUUGUGGUGAUGGUUCAACAACAAUUGAAAUUUUGGUUGAUUUCAUCUCAAAAAAUGUUUCAAAUUUUAAUUAUUUAGCAACUGAUUUAUUACAACCAAUGAUUAAUUUAGCGACAAAUGAUUAUUUACACGAUCGUGUCACGUUUAAACAAGCUGAUAUCUUAGAUGAAAAACUCUGGUUGAAUUACAAGGAGUGCUUUACGAAGAUAUUUUCAAUUUUGUGCCUUAUGGUCGUACCAAACCCAACUAUUUGGGUUAAAAAUAUUUACAACGUUUUAAAACAAAACGGUCAAAUAUUUUUAAUAUUAACAUCAACAAAUCCCAUGAUGAAACAACACAUCUCUCUUAGCCAACAAGAGAAAUGGUCAAAAUACCAAAAAUCAAAUUUUUUUCUCUCCGAUUACCUUUUAAGCGAUAACCCAACAUCUUGGAUUAUUCAACUCUUAAGAAAUGGAGGAUUUAAAGAUAUCCAACAACAUGAAAUUGUUUACGAUACCAAUUUAAAAGAUUUUAAAUCUGCAUAUCAAUUUGUAAAAGCUUUUACAUCAUUGAACGAGAACAUUCCUGAAGAAUUAAAAGACGAAUAUUUGAAUGAAAUGUGUGAAAAUAUCGAAAAAGAAGUUUUAAAUGACGAAAAGUACUCUUAUAUUUCUUAUGAUGUUAUUACAGCCAGAAAAUAAUGUUAUAAAUAAAACUAUUUUGCCUUCUUUAA